AUGCCUAAGCGAAAUGCCCCGGCCAUCGGGAUCGACCUCGGCACCACCUACUCCUGCGUGGCUGUCUGCCAGCACGACAAAGUGGAGAUCAUUGCCAACGACCAAGGGCACCGGACAACCCCCAGCUACGUGGCGUUCACCCACACCGAGCACCUGGUGGGGGACCCGGCCAAGAGCCAGGCCUCGCUCAACCCGCAGAACACGGUGUUCGACGCCAAGCGGCUGAUGGGCCGGCGGUACGAGGAUGCCUCCGUGCAGGACGACAUCGGCCACUGGCCCUUCACUGUGGUGAACCAUGAGGAGAAGCUCAAGGUCCAGGUGUCCCACAAGGGCAAGACACGGACCUUCUAUCCCGAGGAGAUCUCUGCCAUGGUGUUGGCCAAGAUGAAGCAAACCGCGGAGGCCUACUUAGGCGGCCCCAUCUCCCAAGCCAUCGUCACGGUGCCGGCCUACUUCAACGAUGCCCAGCGCCAGGCCACCAUCGACGCCGGCACCAUCGCCGGCCUCCAGAUCCUGAAGCUCAUCAACGAGCCGACGGCUGCCGCCAUCGCCUACGGGCUGGACGUGAGGCACCAGGAGGGGACAGGCUGCCGAAACAUCCUCAUCUUCGACCUGGGCGGGGGCACCUUUGAUGUUUCCAUCCUUGCUGCCGAGGACGGCAUCUUCGAAGUGGUGGCCACGGCGGGAGACACUCAUUUGGGCGGGGAGGAUUUCGACAAGAGGCUGGUGGGUUACCUUGCGGAAGAGUUCAGGAAGAAGCACAGGAAGGACCUCCGUCUGGACAAGAAGGCCAUGCAGAGGCUGAAGAUAGCUGCCGAGCGGGCCAAGUGCACCCUCAGCUCGUGCUCCAGCGCCAGCAUCUCCAUCGACUCGCUCUGCCAGGGGAUCGACUUCCACACGGCCAUCACCCGGGCGCGCUUUGAAGACCUGUGCUCAGACCUCUUCCGGGCCACCUUAAAGCCCCUGGAGGGGGCACUGAAAGACGCCAAGAUGAGCAAGGGCGACAUCAUGGACAUUGUCCUGGUGGGGGGCUCCACCCGCAUCCCCCGCAUCCAGAGGCUGCUGAAGGACUUCUUUAACGGGAAGGAGCUGUGCAAAGGCAUCAACCCGGACGAGGCCGUGGCCUACGGAGCUGCCAUCCAGGCCGCGGUUCUCACCGGCAACCGCACCCCCAAGACACAGAACGUGUUUCUGCUGGACGUCACCCCGUUGUCCCUGGGGAUCAACACCCAAGGGGGGGUCAUGGCGACCAUCAUCAAGCGCAACUCCCCCGUCCCCACCAAGGAGACAAUGGAGUUCACCACCACGGAGGACGAGCAGGACACCAUCCUGUUCAUGGUGUACGAAGGGGAGCGGGCACUGACCAAGCACAACCACCUCCUGGGCACGUUCUCCUUGAAGGGCAUCCCUCCAGCCCCCUGUGGCGUCCCGGUCAUCGCCGUCACGUUCUCUAUCGACGAGAACAGCAUCCUGACCGUCUCCGCCAAGGAUGUGGAGACGGGGAACACCAGCCACCUCACCAUCUCCGACACCCGUGGGCGUCUCGGCAAGGAGGAGAUCGAACAGAUCGUGCGGAAGGCCGAGGAGUUCCGGGCGAACGACGUGGCCCAGCAGGAAAAGAUCGAAGCCGCGAACUCCCUGGAGUCCUGCACCCUGGAACUGAAGAGGGUGGCAGAGGAGCAGGUGCUGGACGUGAAGGCCAAGAGGAGGAUGCUCAACCUGUGUGAAAGCACCACGUCCUGGCUGGAGGGGAACCCGCUGGCGGAGAAGGACGAGUGUGAGCAGCGGCAGAGAGACCUCCAGGAAGCGUGGGCGGCCAUCUGCGCCUCCCUUGCUCUGCGCGAGGGAGCCGACGGGGCCUCCGAGGAGGCUCCGGACGUGCUGCUGGGCGGUAACAGCGAGCCUCCCGGGGGAAAAGAGUGA